AUGAUUGAUGCUGAAGGAAUUGAGCCAGCGAUUACUAUUGGAAAGGUUAUUGUAGGACAAUUAUAUCAUUCUUUGAGUAUCAGCAAUCUACAGUAUCUUCCUUGUGCAAUAGUCGGAGUCUCGACUAUCGGCACUAUUGCUUUUGUGGAAUCUACAACGAUCAAUAGCCCAACAGCCAUUGAAGCUUUAUUGAGUACCCUCCAGCAGCAAUGGCAGUUUGACAGUUCAGUAGUGACUCGCUUAAGCAGCACUCAGUUUAUAGUUCCUGGGUUUGUCGAUACUCACAUUCAUGCACCACAGUAUGUGUUUACUGGUACAGGAUAUGAUUUGACUUUGCUCGAGUGGUUGGAGAAAUACACUUUUCCUCGAGAAGCUGCCUUCAAUCAGCCAGAAUAUGCACUGGACAGUUACCAGAAAGUAGUACGCAAGACACUUAGACAUGGGACGACCACCGCUUGUUACUUUGCAACCACCCAUCUGGAUGCAGCCAAAACUCUUACGAAUGUAAUUCAUACUGCUGGUCAGAGGGCAUUUGUUGGCAAGGUUAAUAUGGAUCGCAACUCACCCGACUACUAUGUCGAGACCAUGGACGAGAGUCUCCAAGCUACUAUGGAGAUUGUUGGUUAUAUUCAGGAUACCAUCAAGUCCUCUCUGAUCACCCCAGUCAUUACACCAAGGUUUGUUCCCACAUGCACUUCCGAUUUGAUGCAGAAACUGGGAUCUCUUGCUGCCAAACACAACCUGCCAAUCCAGUCUCAUCUAUCCGAGACUCCUGGUGAGAUUCAAUGGGUAAAGGAACUGCAUCCAGACUGUCAGACAUACUCGGAUGUCUACGACCGUCACGGACUGUUUACGUCGAAAACUAUUAUGGCUCAUUGCGUGCAUCUUAAUCAGCACGAGAGAGAUCUGCUCAAGGCUCGAGAAGUAGGCAUCUCCCACUGUCCAAGUUCCAACUUCUGUCUUCAUAGCGGAGUGUUUAAUCUCCGUCGGUUGGUGAACGAGGGUCAUUCCAAAAUCGGACUGGGAACAGAUGUUGCCGGUGGAUACUCUUCAAGCCUGAUGGAUGCCAUGCGUCAGGCAAUUAUCGCAAGCAAAGUCAUUCAUGUCAAUAUGGACACUACAGUCUACGAGCCACUAACCUUUUCUGAAGCGUUUUAUCUGGCAACGCUUGGAGGUGCCAAAGUGAUGGCACUGGAACAUACGAUCGGCAACUUUAUGCCCGGAAAAAGCUUUGAUGCUCUUUUGAUCGAUACAGCAUCACCCAUUCCGGGGGUAGAGUCUGGGAUGGACAUAUUUGCCCAUGACGAUGCCAUGUCCAUUUUUGAAAAGUUUAUCUAUCUUGGUGAUGACCGAAACAUUGUUACUGUGUUUGUUCAAGGUCAUGUUGUUAGCACUCGACUGCCACUUCAAGAUUGA